AAAAUAUUUGUGCAUGGCAUCACACGUGGUGGUCAUUUCCCGUGAACCAACCAAUCAACUGUGACAUGUUCAGACUGCUUUCCUCUAAUUGGCCACCAUGAAAAUGAAGGAGGAGCUAAAAUCUCCUCCAGCCAAGCGAAAACGUUUGUCUGACCAUGAGGGCACAAGCCCUCGAGGUCUCCCUUGCUCCAGUAUUCAGGAAGAGAGGCGGAGUUUGCCCAUCUUCCCCGCUCGCAGGCGGAUCAUCCAGGAGAUACAGAUGUCCAGGUCUGUGGUCAUCAUCGGUGAGACGGGCAGCGGAAAGACGACACAGAUACCACAGUAUUUAUGGGAGGCUGGUGUGAACAGAAGUGGUAUGAUAGCUGUGACACAGCCAAGACGGGUGGCGGCCAUUACUGUGGCACAGAGAGUUGCUGAGGAGAAGAAAGCCGAGCUGGGAAAACUGGUUGGCUACUCUGUCCGUUUUGAUGACAUGACCUCACCUCAAACCAAAAUCAAGUACAUGACAGAUGGAAUGCUGCUCAGAGAGGCCAUCAUGGAUCCGACAUUGAAGAGAUACAAUAUUGUGAUAUUAGAUGAAGCGCAUGAACGAACCAUUCACACAGACAUUUUGUUCGGAGUUGUGAAAUCUUCACAAAGAAACAGAAUCAAAGCAGGACUUCCACCUUUAAAGAUCAUUGUGAUGUCUGCCACGAUGGAUGUUGACCAAUUCUCCCGUUACUUUAACAAAGCUCCAGUUCUGUACUUGGAGGGCAGACAGUUUCCUGUUCAGGUUUUUUACUCGUCUGAGGAGCAGAGUGACUACGUGUUUUCAGCUCUUGUCACUGUGUUUCAGAUCCACAAGGAGGAGCCCCCAGAACAGGAUAUCCUGGUGUUUCUGACUGGACAAGAGGAGAUUGAGUCCAUGGUGAAGUCCAUCCGUGACAUUGCCAGGGAUAUGGAAGGUCGGAUCCCACCCCUGGUUGUCUGCCCUUUGUACGCAGCUCUCCCGUCUCAGAUACAGCUGCGUGCAUUCCAGGCCACUCCUAAGGGAGUCAGAAAAGUGAUUGUGUCAACUAAUAUAGCCGAGACGUCUGUCACUAUCCACGGUAUCAAAUUUGUGAUAGACACAGGAAUGGUGAAAGCUAAGUUAUUCAGUCCCUCCAGUGGCCUUGACCUCCUGAAGGUCGUGCGAGUUUCAAAGGCCCAGGCAUUACAGAGGACGGGGCGUGCAGGGCGCGAGGCCUCGGGGGCGUGCUACAGGCUUUACACAGAGGACGAGUUUGACAGGUUUAGCCCUAAUACAGUGCCAGAGAUACAAAGAUGUAACUUAGCAGGUGUAGUUUUACAGAUGCUGGCCCUGGGGAUCCAGGAUAUUCCUAACUUUGACUUUAUGGACAAGCCAUCAAUGGAGUCCAUUAUUAAAGCCACAGAACAGUUGCAUUUGCUAGGCGCUGUGGAGAAGAAAGAACAAAUACAGUUAACUCCACUUGGUAAGAAGAUGGCUGCCUUUCCCCUAGAACCCAGGCUGUCAAGAGUUAUUUUAUCUGCCAAAGAUUAUGGAUGCCUGGAAGAAAUCUUGAGCAUCGUGUCACUUUUGUCUGUCGAAUCCGUACUGUUUAAUCCACAUAGCAAGAAAGAAGAAGCCCUGGCAGCGAGGAGGAAGUUCAUCUCCAGUGAAGGAGACCAUAUAACAUUGCUGAACAUCUUCAAGGCCUACAGGGGGGUUAAUGGGAACAAGCAAUGGUGCCAUGAUAACUUCAUCAACAUGAGGAACAUGAAGACGGCCAUGUCUGUGCGUAAACAGCUCCGGGAGAUAAGUGUCAGGCUAGAACUUCCUCUCCAGUCCUGUGGGCUGGACACAACAUCCAUCAGGAAGUGCUUGUCAAUGGGACUUUUCUUGAACUCCGCUGAGCUGCAGAAAGAAGGGGAAUAUUGUACUUUAACGAACCGUAAAACGGUGGCCAUCCAUCCAUCCUCCGCCCUAUUCAGAUGUAAGCCUGCCUAUGUCAUCUUCAGUGAACUUCUGCAGACGUCCAAAUGCUACAUGAGAGAUUUGUGUGUGAUUGAUCCGGAUUGGCUUCACGAAGCAGCUCCCAUGUAUUUUAAGCGGAAAAAGAUGAAAACCUGAUGGAAAGUUUUUUGUCAUGAUGGACUCACAUGUUUUUUCCUUGUAAUAUCAGUUUGUCUCAUUGAAGUGUACGUGUUUUUUCUUCAAGCCAAUCAUAGCUGUAAUGAUACUCCAUCAUGUAGACUUACUACUCUACUGGAGCCUGUGUUCACAAAGCUAACUUCUAUUCUUUCUUUACAUACUGAAAUAUCUGAAAAUGGAUGCUGAACUUUGGCUGAAAUUGUAUUACUGCUACACUGAAUCAGAGAUCAAAAUUGUAUUGGUUUGAUUCAGAUAUUUAAGAGUUUAAUUAGGGUUACAAUUUUAGUCUAAACGCAAGAAUCUCUUUGUGAAAUGCGCCUUUGUGGAUUGCUGGUUGGAGUGUCAGCAUUAUAUGCCCUGGUUCUGAACUCUCCUUCAGCAGAAAGCGGCCGUUAAACUCUUGAGGUGGAUGUUCAAAUCCAGCUCUCACUCUUUCGACUGAGACAUUAAGUCACGAGGUUUGUCAGGUACCUGGUUAUUUUACUUGAUUUAUUUGCUCGGU